GAAAGGGACCCUCUGCAAACGCCUUUCCAGGUCCUGGUAACCGUGCUUAUUUCACAAAAGAGUAUAUGGAUAUACUCGAAGGUAUAAAGAUGGACAAGGCGAUAGAUGAGGCUAAGAAGAAGAUGGCGUCUGCAGGCAGAAGCGGGGUGCGUAUCGAAGAGCUGCCAACAGAUAACAGUCGAAUGGACAGCCGUAAUACAGUGAGGAGUGACAGGAGCGAGGACAUGAAGGCAUGGGUGACAUCUACGCUCGGAGAGUCGCCGAAACUGAUCAAUCAGAAACUGGAGGCGGUCGACAUGAAGUCCCAGCUGAGUGCAGCCGAGAAGGCGGAGCUGGAGAAGCUACGGGAAGAGAACAAUCGACGUCAGAAGAAGAGCAAGGAAUCGACAAGUAGUGAAAAGAGGAAGAGAGGAGGGGGGGAGCACACUCCGAUGGAAAACUCACCCUCUGCAGUCCAUGCCAAGUCCAGAUCGAGAGGCGGGGGGAAGACCAAAGCCAGAGCCAAGCGAAUUGAUGUUUCCUCAGACGAAGAGGAGGCUGGUGGAGUCAAGCACAACCUACACGCGAAGUUAGAAGGGAGUAGUGAGCUUUCAGAUAUCAAGAAAAUGCUGGCUGCUCUCAUGCAAGGGAUAGGUGACAGCAAAGGGAAGAGUAAGGUAGUUGAGCCUUGCUCCGAAGAAGGAGGUGUCGAGGAAGUCACCAAUAUGGGAAACGUGGCGCCGAACACAGACGUCAUGGAAGAAGAGGAGGAGUCGGACGAGGGUGGUUUGGCUGCCUAUAUGAAGAUCCAGGUGGAUUUCUACAACUCUCUCCACUACACCCGGGUGCAGGAACUGUGCAGACAAAAGCAGAUCCAAUACGUCAGAAAGGAUAUGGGGGUGUGGGAGCUCGCAAGAAUCGAUCUGCAGGAAUACACAAAUCAGAUUAACGCGGAAGGUUCUACCGCGAUCGCUGAGCCAUCCCGCAAGAACGCAUCCCGUAAAGAAGACCGGGCAAAAGACUAUGGCUCCGAGUGUGGGGCCAUCAAGGGAAACUAAGUGGUGGGAGUCUACGGUCACUACAAUGGGCGGUCCGGAGGAUCAGGGAAUUACAGACCCUGGUGGACUGUGAGAUUCAAACUCUACU